AGUGACAGCCCUUGUACCCAAUCCGUCAACCACGAGGUGGCUGAUCUCUCUCCCUUGAAUUUUCCUCCCAUCCGUUAUCCUCUCCGCUGUAAUCGUCUGGCCGUUCUUUCUCUCCGCCCACACUUCUGGCGGGCCCAACCUCACACCAUGUGUGGCCACGACCAUCUCCUCUCCCCCCCACCAACUCCCCGCAAUGGCCGUCGUCGCAGUGCAGACAUUGGUGGCCUGAGUCUUGCCACCAGAAACGGAGGUCUCCAUGGUCAGGGCUGGCUCGGCCAUUCGGAGCAACUCCAAACCCGAUACGCUGAGUUGCUCAGCGACAUGUACACCCAAACUCUCAACGCAGUUAAUAAUCACACAGAAGACUGCUCCCAACCACGUCUGGCAGCAGAAAGUCGUGCGGGCCUUAUCGCCAAGCUCGAUGGGUGGAAUUUUGAGCCACAGUCUCUUCCCAGUGAAGACCACGUUGCUGAGUGUGCUGUUCUCAUCUUCGAGGCGCUUUUCCGUAUCAAGGGCCUGCAAGAAGCUGUUGGCGUUUCACUCGACCAAAUUUCCCCGUUUAUCCAGCAUCUCCGACACAUCUACCGGUGGCAGAACUCGUACCACAACUUCGAGCACGCAGUCGAUGUGUUGCAGGCGACCUACCAUUACCUAUGCGCUGCCGGCGUCGUCCCUCCUGUUAGUAUCCUCGCCAAAGAUAGCCACGCGACGCCCACGAAACCCAAAGCGUGGCAGUCACGGCGUCCGUUCGACUCAGGUCCGCUUGUUACCGUGCUUGAUCCCACCGACCUAUUUGUUUUGAUGGUCGCUGCGAUUGGCCACGACGCCGGCCAUCCUGGUUUUACGAAUCUCUUCAUGCAAAACGCGGCGGCUCCCUUGAGCGCUGUUUACGAUGGGAAAAGUGCCCUGGAGCAGAUGCAUGUUGCUUUGCUAAUACGUGUGAUGCGUGCCCAUGGUAUGGCUGGAAUUCUGGACGGAUCGGACGACAAUACCAGCGACCGAAACCGCGGUCGGCGGGCGAGGAAGCUUCUCUUCGACACUGUGCUUGCCACAGACAUGCGGGUUCAUGCCGCAUUCAUGGAGCGAUUUUCCAAUAUUGUCGCUGGCCAAGGAGAUCUCAGUCUCGACAACCGGCGCACAACUCUGUGUCAGGCGCUCAUUAAGUGUGCUGAUAUCAGCAAUCCCUCACGGCCCUAUUACAUAUCGCAGCAUUGGGCGGUUGCGUUACAGCGCGAGUGGAAUGCUCAGGCAGCGCUCGAGGCCCACCAUGCCUUGCCUCGCACCGUGGAAUCUUCGUCUCAUCCGAUGCAAGCGGCCUCGUCACAGAUGUUCUUUAUCCCCACCUUCGUCAAGCCCCUCCUCGAUCUGGUCGUCCAAGCAUUGGCAGAAAUGCACCCGUAUGUUGCUCAAUGCGACCUCAAUCUCGCGCUUUGGAAAGCACGUACAGCAAUCUUAAAAGCUUCCGAAGCGCGGGAGACGAUUUCGGAGGCAAAAGUGGUAUCGACAUCGCAAGUCCAAAUGCCCAAAUCCCCAUCCGCUCGCACGACUCCACUCGAAUUGACUACCCGUGUCCCAAUGUAUUCUCGACAACCAGACGACUACAAUACCGUGUUUCCGCUUACACUUCCGCCCGCCCAUGCACGAACACCACCGGUUAGAGGCUCCCUUGAUACUCAAUUUUCAUGGUCACGAGCCUCAACUGCAUCGCCAAUACCCCCUCCGUCUUCUUCCUCCCGUGCCCCAUCGACUACUUCUACAUCGCCUUCCGAAGAAGAUUUGGAGUCCGAAGCGUCGUUUGUGUUUUCGCCGACUAGUCAGGGAACGAGCACGACUAGCGCCAGCCCUGCGCCAGGCGGGUCGGACGACGAUAGUCAAAGUGACAGUACCGUUGUUCCGCCGCUAGAUGAUGGGACUGCAGCGAUUCGGGCAGCAGCAGAGAGAGCCGGUCUUCGGUGUGGGCGACAUGCGCAACACCAUCGGAAUUCGUGGAGCCCACAGCUGUUGAGGGAUAAUUGGGGAAGUCUGAAUGCGGGGGUCUCGUGA